AGUUAAUUGAAUUCCACGGUUGAGAUUUAAAUCAACCAUCUAACGGUUCUCACACGCCCGUCACCACCCCUCCUUAAACCCUAAUCCUCUUCUUUUUUCACAAGCAGCCUUCUUCGGAGACUCUGAUUCCAUGGCUAAACCUAAAGACAAACCAUCAAACGAUAGCAAACACAAAGAAGAAGAAGAAGAAGAGCGAGAUGAUGAUGACAAGAGCUUCGAGGAGCUGGGUUUAGACCCUCGUUUGAUUCGAGCUCUAACCAAAAAGGCCAUAGAAAAGCCCACUCCUAUCCAACAAGUCGCCAUUCCUCUCAUACUCGAGGGCAAAGAUGUGGUUGCGCGAGCGAAGACCGGCUGUGGCAAGACUUUUGCUUACCUUCUUCCUCUGCUUCAGAAGCUCUUCACUGCUGCUAACUCCAAAAACAAGGUUGCUCCGUCGGCUUUCAUUCUGGUCCCGACUCGCGAACUGUCCCAGCAGGUUUACUCAGAGGUGGUAUCACUAGUUGAUUUAUGUCGAGUUCAGCUGAAAGUUACACAGUUGACGAGCAGCAUGCCUGUUUCUGAUUUGCGAACUGCAAUGGCGGGGCCACCUGAUAUUCUGGUCUCUACUCCUGGUUGCAUAACUAAAUGCUUGUCCGAUGGUGUGGUUCUGACAGCAUCCAUCAGCCAUUCACUUGAAAUUCUGGUGCUUGAUGAGGCAGAUCUUCUGUUGUCAUAUGGGUAUGAAGAUGAUUUAAAAGCUUUUACAGCUGUUGUCCCAAGGCAUUGUCAAUGCCUUCUCAUGUCUGCUACCUCGAGUGCUGAUGUUGAGAAACUGAAGAAGCUGAUACUACAUAAUCCCUUUAUUUUAACUUUGCCAGAAGUAGGGGAGGUUAAAGAUGAUGUUAUCCCCAAAAAUGUUCAGCAAUACUGGAUUUCAUGCAGUGCUCGGGAUAAGUUACUCUAUGCCCUUGCCCUCUUGAAGUUGGAGUUGGUUCAUAAAAAGGUUCUCGUAUUCACCAAUACUAUUGACAUGGGUUUCAGACUGAAACUAUUUCUAGAGAAGUUCGGAAUCAAGUCUGCUGUUUUAAAUGCUGAGUUGCCACAGAAUUCUCGUCUCCAUAUCCUUGAGGAAUUUAAUGCUGGGCUUUUUGAUUAUUUGAUUGCAAUUGAUGACUGCGAAACAAAAGAGAAAGAAACUGUUAAUCCGGAGAGUAAUGUUGAGUCGAGAAAGUCUAAGACGCAUAGAAAGCCAAAAUUGGAUGCUGACUUUGGGGUGGUGAGGGGAAUUGACUUCAAAAAUGUUUACACGGUAAUAAACUUGGAAAUGCCCCCAAGUGUAGCAGGAUAUGUACAUCGAAUUGGACGUACUGGAAGAGCUUUUAGUUCUGGCGCUUCUAUUUCUCUUGUUUCCACAGAUGAGAUGGAAAUAUUUGAGGAGAUAAAAUCCUUUCUUGGGGAUGAUCAAAAUGAGGACUUAAACAUUAUUACUCCAUUCUCAACGCUUACUCCAAAUGCAGUGGAGUCUUUAAGAUACAGGGCUGAGGAUAUGGCAAAGAGUGUGACAAAAAUUGCUGUUAGAGAAUCACGGGCUCAGGACUUGAGGAAUGAGAUUCUCAACUCUGAAAAGUUGAAGGCUCAUUUUGAAGUUAAUCCAAAGGAUUUAGAUCUAUUGAAACACGACAAGGUUUUGAGCAAGAAGCCGCCUGCUCCCCAUUUACGAGAUGUUCCCGACUACCUAUUGGACCGAAAAACUCAUGAAGCCAUCAAGGAGGUUAAGCUUGCUAGUGCUGCAAUGGGAAAAAGUAACAACACUCGCCGAAAAGGAUUGAAGAGAAAAUUUAGAAAAACUGGCGAUCCUCUGAAGACAUUCUCUGCGGAGGCUUCAGGAAGAGGAAACAAUCAUAGAUCGAAUAAAGGGAAAAGCAAUGAUACCUCUGGACAGAAGAAGAAAAAAGCUCAAUGAGUGACAAAUCUUGUAACAAACUGGGUUGGUUGCCCGACCCUUGCAGUUUUUUAUUAAUUUAUUAUUUCCCCAAAUAUGUAAUAUAUGGUUCACUUUUAAAUCCAAUAGCCUCUUGGAAAAUUCAUUGAUUAUGUUUUAGCGUAUUUGUGAUUAUCUGGAGAAGGCUCCUCUCACUCUGAGUUCCAAAUUAAGAGCACUUGAGCUGACCAACUCUUCUGGGUCCUGCA